UUCCGUGAUCCGAUUACAACGGAAGAAACCUUUCUUCUUCUUCUCUCUCUACAUUUUUUUCCUUUCUCUCUCUUUCUCUCUCUCUCCAUUUCACCGCCAUUUGUGGUGGUUGCUUGCACACAGAGACUCAAAGUGAGAAAGUGAGUUCUCUGUAAAGGCAAAUUGUAAUCAGGCAAUUUGGCAAAUACUUUCAUGUGAUCAAUAAUUUGCAAAAUCAUUUUUUUUCACCAUCUUAUUGGAAGAGUGAUUUUUUGUACUAACUGGAAGCUACAUGGAGAUGCAAAUUGUGGUCUUAUUUGAUGUUCGAGAUAUUCUUUCAAUAGGUUCUUGUUUUGAGGAAUGCAAGGCGAUACCAUUGUCUUCUUCUACUUCUCCAUAUGCUUUGUGCCAUUUGAUAUGAAGAAGACAUUUAUUCUCACUCGGGUUUUUUAAAAAUCAAGUCAUCAUCAUGGGCGGUUGUGCUUCAAAGCCUAGUAGAAAAAUCAAAACUCAUAAGAAGUACUUAAAAAGGUAUCGCAGAUGUGGCAGAAAGAUUUCAACCGCCGUCCCUAUUGCGCCCAUGGAACGGCUUAGUGAUGCAGGAAACUCUUUAGAAGAUUUUGCUGUUAGCGAGUUUGUCCGUGUGGACUUUGAGAAGGGUGCUACGACCACUUGUAGAAGAUCUGAGGUAUCUAAUUUGACAUUUCAUCUCACCCAGCUGCAAUGGAACCACAGCCAAAUUGAUUCAAAUGGAAUUUGCCAAGAGGAAGCAUGGUUUGACUCUCACAGUAUCCUGGAGUCUGAUUCAGACGAUGACUUCAUAAGUGUUUAUGGGGCAGGUCCGUCUAGAAGAUUCUUGUUACGUCCUAGAGCGGGACUUCUCAUUCCUUGUUCAGUGGGGGAUAAGCCGACUCAGGGAUGUUGGUGUCCUCUUGCACCUUCAGUCUUUAAGCUCCGGGGUUUGAAUUAUUUCAGAGAUAAACGGAAAUACUCUGCUCCAGAUUACAGCCCAUAUACUCCAAUUGGUGUUGAUUUAUUUGUAUGCCCAAAAAAGAUCAAUCACAUUGCUCAACACCUCGAGCUUCCCUGUCUAAAAGCACACAAGAAAGUCCCGUCAUUGCUGAUUGUUAAUAUACAGGUGCCUACUUAUCCUGCUACCAUGUUCCUUGGUGAUAAUGACGGGGAGGGCAUGAGCCUUGUAUUAUAUUUCAAAGUAUCCGAGAACUUCAACAAAGAGAUUUCUCCUCAAUUUCAAGACAGUAUCAAGAGGCUGGUUGAAGAUGAGAUGGAAACGGUGAAGGGGUUUGCGAAAGAAUCUACAGUUCCAUUCAGAGAGAGGCUGAAAAUCAUGGCCGGGGUGGUUAAUCCAGAGGACCUCCACUUGAGUUCUGCUGAAAGAAAACUUUUGCAAGCUUAUAAUGAAAAGCCCGUGCUCUCACGCCCUCAACACGCUUUCUAUAGUGGACCAAAUUACUUUGAGAUUGACCUUGAUAUACACCGGUUUAGCUACAUAUCCAGGAAAGGACUUGAUGCAUUCCGAGAAAGGUUAAAAUACGGAAUACUUGAUUUGGGCUUAACUAUACAGGCACAAAAGCCAGAGGAGCUGCCGGAGAAAGUCAUGUGCUGCGUGCGGUUGAACAAAAUUGAUUUUCAAAAUCAUGGUCAGAUACCUAGAUUUGUAAUAGUAGAGGAUGAUAUAUUUGGAUCAGGAACUGGAGAGUCAUGCAUUUAAUGUUACAACAGUUCAAUCAAUUUUUGGAACCUCGUAAAAUUUGAGCCACGAUUCAAUUUUAUUUAAAUGAAAAGGGGAAAAGAGAGUAAAAAGAAAAGUUACCCCUUUUAAAUUUAAA